UAGAGGGCAGCAAUGGAACUUUAUCAUGACAUUGGUGUAUUUAGAAGCCUAUCAAAACAGAAAGAUGUUCUUUUAAAUGUUUCCUCCACUUUUAUAGGCUCUGCCCUUGAGAGCAGUUGAAUGCCAUGCUUCCAGCAGCUGGAACGUAUCAUUUUCCAUGGGAAAUAAACUCUGUAUCAGUCCCAGAAGGAAAGACAUUAAGAACAUUUGGCAGGCUACACUCCUAUGAUAUGACCAGCUCCAAGGCCACUAUAACAGCUCAGCACACUUCUGUUCAGCACUGCAUCCAAGUCUGUACCAAAUUUGUGGAACCAUUCCAGGCCCACAUUGGGUCUCUCUAUCUUGUCCUGGGGGAAACUGAAUAUGGACAGGGUAAGUCCAUUUGUGUUUUCUCAUUCUAUGGAACCAGGAAUAAUCUUGAGUGGUUGCCAAAAUUAGUUCCUCUGAAUUUUUUGGACUUCAUCUCCCAGCCAGCUUUGCCAAUGGUCAAAGAUUCUUGGAAGACCAAAUAUUGAGAACCAUUGGUGUAGGCACUAAAAUGGAUGCUUUGGGAACUGGGAGCCUAGUAUCUUGAGUUCAGUCCUUUCCUACAAGGAAAUGUUUAACUUGGCUACCCUGUUUGUGGUUCUCUUCUUUCCUUUUGCUGCAUCUGUCACUUAGAAAUACACCGUCUUGUCUAGUCAAAUUAGCUCUGCAUUACAGUGUAAUGUGUUGGGUGCAUUCUGAAUCCUGCUAACUUUAUUCUAGCAAAAUCAAAACUGAAUUUUGGGAUCCAAUUAUCUCAAGAAAAUCAGUGCCUUUUAUAGUGGCACUGCUGGAUGUCCACAACAGCAUCUGGUUAGGAGCCCUCUCACAACUGAUAUGCUUAAGAACUGUGGAUACCUUAUGUGCAACACACCCAGACUAGAGGUGAUUGUUUUUUAAAUUGACACCUGAUUCCCUUUGUCAGAGACUUUAGAUUGGGGUAGGACCAAGGACAUUCGUGACCUUCCAGAUGUCAACUUCCAUUAGUUCCAACCAGCUUGGUCAAUCAUCAGAAUAUUGGAGUAGUCCCAACAGAAAGUAUCUUCAGUCCCACAAGUUCCCAAAAGCUUUAUGGUCCUAGAUACAGUAUAUACUCUACAAGUUGACCUCAUGUAUAAGUCGAGGGCAUGUUUUGGGGCCAAUAUUAUGG